AUGCCCAAUACCAUGGAUUAUCACGUCAAUAGUCAAUUUAAAAUUGGUGGAGGUGAGUCCGGGGCUUCAUCAUCAACUAGCACAGAGAGUCCUGCUCCAAGCAGCGUAGCUCCUGCCACCGCUAGAAUGAUGGGUAAGGCUCACCAACAAUCUCAGCAGCAGCAGCAAAUGCAAAUGCAGCUGCAAAUUCAACAACAACAAAUUCAACAACAACAACAGCUGAUGCAACAGCAUCAAAAACAACAACAACAACAACAGAGGCAACCCUCACCGUUAAUGCCACCUGUGGAAAUCACAGAAGCUAAUGAAGAAAAGGCUACAACAGAAGCCCGUCAAAAACAACAACAAUAUGCGGAUCGGAGCUCGAGAUCGCAAACAAUGGAUCCGAAACAGUUCCAUCGUAAGGCACUUGGAGAUUGGGAUUUCCUAGAGACCGUGGGAGCUGGUUCGAUGGGUAAAGUUAAGAUAGCCAAACAUCACUAUACAAAUGAAAUCUGCGCCAUCAAAAUUAUCAACAGGGCUACAAAGGCAUUUUUACAUAAGGAGCAACAAUUACCGCCGCCUCAAAAUGAACAAGAGGCAUUGGAAAGACAGAAGAAACUGGAAAAGGAGAUUUCUCGUGAUAAAAGAACUAUAAGAGAAGCAUCGUUAGGUCAAGCACUAUACCAUCCACACAUCUGUCGUCUGUUUGAGAUGUGUACUAUGUCUAAUCAUUUUUACAUGCUAUUCGAAUACGUUUCAGGUGGGCAACUACUGGAUUAUAUCAUUCAGCAUGGUUCUCUCAGGGAACACCAUGCUAGGAAAUUUGCCCGCGGCAUCGCCAGUGCACUACAGUAUCUGCACGCUAAUAACAUUGUGCACAGAGAUUUGAAGAUUGAAAAUAUUAUGAUAUCAACAUCGGGUGAAAUUAAAAUCAUUGAUUUUGGUCUUUCCAACAUGUUUGAUCCUAGAACGCAACUACAUACUUUUUGUGGAUCGCUAUAUUUUGCAGCCCCUGAAUUGUUAAAAGCUUCCCCUUAUGUGGGUCCCGAAGUCGACGUUUGGUCAUUUGGUGUGGUGCUUUACGUGCUAGUCUGCGGUAAAGUUCCAUUUGACGAUGAAAACUCAAGUGUUCUACAUGAGAAGAUUAAACAAGGUAAAGUUGAUUAUCCACAACAUUUAUCCAUUGAAGUUAUAUCGUUAUUAUCCAAGAUGUUAGUCGUGGACCCAAGAAAGAGGGCGUCUUUAAAGCAGGUUGUUGAACACCAUUGGAUGAUUAGGGGUUACGAUUUCCCAGCUCCAUCCUAUGUUCCAAAUAGAAUCCCCAUGUCACCUGAGAUGUUGGAUAUAACAGUAGUCAAGGAAAUGUUCCGUUUAGAGUUCAUUGAUGACAUUGAUGAGACCAUGAGGUUUUUGCAUGCAAUCAUUACCGAAGAGGAUUACCAACAAUUAUCAAAACAAUAUUGGAACCAGCUAUCUAAUUUGAAUGGUAAGAGUAUUACAACAAGUAACGAACUAAACGGUACAAAGAGUAUUGAAGUCACAGAGGCAAAUACGAGUGGUAUUUUACCAGAAAAGUCCUUGGGUACAGAUAAAAUUUAUAAUCCAUCUUACACAGGAGUUGCCUUUGAGGAUCCAACUAGAGCUUACCAUCCCCUACUUUCCAUAUACUACUUAGUUGACGAAAUGUUGAGGAGGAAAUUGGCCAAAUUACAAAGAAGACAACAGCAACGCGAGCAACAACAGCAGGCUCUCAUGCAACAAAAGAAAUUGGAACAACCAGCGGAUGUACAAUCUCGUCAAACAGGAAUUUUAUCUAACGGCAACACCCCUCAAGUCGAUAAAACAAAGAGUUCUAACGAAGGUGGUUCAACAGUACCGCCACCACUAAUACCGCCAUUGAUUGUACCUAAAUCUUCCAACAACAAUAACAACCCUAACAAUCCAAGACAAAGGCCAUUGCAGGUACUGGUGCCUCCUAAAUUGGCUAUGCCAGAGCAGGCCCAUACUUCACCAACCACAAGAAAAAGCUCUGAUAUUCACAACGAUGCAGAUUAUGUUCUAUCGCCUGUUCCACAGUCUAAUGAUUAUCAACAACGUAGCGCUUCACCAACUUCUUUGGAUCCCCAAGAUAGACCCAAGUUUGGUAGUUUGUUCAGGAAAUUGUCACAACGUCGCGGUGGUCACCCACAACAAGACCAGACACGUGACUAUCAGCAACGUACCCCACUACAGAUGUCUCCGGAUGGAAACAAGAGACCACCUAAAAUGCAUUCGCGUGCGGUUUCUGAGGGUGUAUCUGCAAUGAGGGGUGGUCCUAUGCCUAAUUUGAACGAAAUCCCAAUCAGUAUGCCUGCUAGAUCGGCAUCUCAGAAGCAAAAUUCUGCCUUGCCGGCCUUACCUGUCAAUGCUGAAACUUUGGUUCAACAACAGCGUGAAAGGCAAGUGGAACAUGGUAUGGGCAAUUUAAGAGUGGAUGAUAAUGGCGCUCAACAACCUGCUGCACAACAACAAGAGGGUCCUCAAACAGACAAACCAGUGAUAGUAACUGAUUUGUCACAAGCUGACGAUAAUAAACCAUUACCACCUCUGAAUGUCACCAAGGGUCGUAAACUUCACCCAAGUGCGAGAGCUAAAUCUGUGGGCCACACUCGUCGUGAGUCACUCAAAUUCGUUAGACCUCCUGUUCCUGCUAAUGCCCAAAACGUGAACGACACUGGAUUCUUAGAAUUUAAUAAAGAGUGUAAGAGUUCUGAACCAAAUGGUGGCGUUGAUGGAACUUCCUCUGGAAGAUCGAACGUUGAGAGUACAGGUACUACUCCAGCUGAAAAGGAUGAUGAAGAAGAAUUUACUGAUGAAGCCAUUUUGGAGAAAGCCUCAAAAGCUCCACCAGGAUCAAUGCCUUCAAUUGAUUAUCCACGCUCACUGUUUUUGAAGGGAUUUUUCUCUGUACAGACCACUUCCUCUAAACCUCUACCAAUUGUCAGGUACAAGAUUAUAAGUGUUUUGAAGAAAAUGCAUAUAGAUUUCAAAGAGGUCAAAGGUGGAUUUGUUUGUGUACAAACGUUCCCUCAAGAUAAAUCUGGUGAGAUUCAAUCAGAACUGCCGCCUACCCACGAUCAACAAGAACAACAUGAAAAGGAGCAACAGUUUCAACAUGCUCCCCAACAACCACCACAGAGCCAACAUCUACAGCUACCUGGUGCUAUGGAGAGCACACAUAGAAGACAAUUUUCUGCUACGCGUAACCAUUCCGUUAAACGUCAAGAUUCUGCUAGACGUGUACAGGCCAAUAUCCCAUCUACACCUUUGGCUAGUAGUCAUCAUGAGAGAAGCGUAUCUAUUGUAACAUCACCAACUCCAAACAAUGUGUCAGGGGAAAUUUCUUCUGCCUCAUUAGAAUCUGUCAACCAGGAUGAUAUUUUGACAACUUCAAAGGCACAAGACAUGAACAAGACCGAAAACGAACAAGAAGAAAUAACCGGUACGAAGGGGAAGCCACCAGUUAAAUUUGAAAUCCAUAUCGUUAAAGUUCGCAUAGUUGGAUUAGCUGGUGUUCACUUUAAGAAGGUUUCCGGUAAUACAUGGCUAUACAAGGAGCUGGCAACGGAUAUUUUGGAAAAAUUGAGCUUGUGA